AUACUGAACCAUGUACAGAAGUCCACAUGAAUGAUCAGGGUCAUUGGAAUGAUAUCGGUUGCAGUGUUUCUCAAACUUUUGUGUGUCAUGAAGAUAAUCUGAUAUUGAUCAAUGAGAAGAUGAGUUGGCCUGAAGCUCUGGUUUACUGCAGACAGCAUCAUGUGGAUCUGGUUUCAGUUGUUUCAGAGAAGAUUCAGCGCUGGUUGAAAGAGGUGAUUGUAAACGCCUCUACUGCGUCCGUAUGGAUGGGGUUACGUCACUCCUGUAGUGUGGGGAUUUGGUUCUGGGUGAAUGGAGAGCCGGUGUGCUAUCAGAAAUGGGCUCCAGGGAACGGGACAUCAGUAGAGGACUGUGAUCCUGUAGUGAGAUCUGGAGCUGUUCAGCGUGAAGGAGAUCAUCAGUGGAUCAGUCGUCCUGAUACUGACAAACUCAACUUCAUCUGCAUCACACGUGAUUCAGAAUGAUAUGAUAUAUGUUUGUGUUCAUCACUUUCUCUUUAAUUUGUGUUUUAAUAUAUAUUAAAUAA